CAUUUGUGCCCGCGGUUGUUACAUCUAAACAUGUCCCCCGAUGAGGCGCUGAUGGUAUCGGCAGCCCGAUGACGGAGCUCUGAUACCAGUGAUACAUUGAAUGAGUGCCCUGAGUUUUGGCAGUGGCACUUCACCAGCUACUACUUUAUCUAACAACACAGAUAAAUGGCGAGGACGGACCCUGCCGAGUAAACGCCAAAGAUUCCAUACGAAGUUAAAUUAGCCGCAGCGACUAGCUGCCACAAGCUAGCACCUCGUCAAGCUAGCCUGUAGCUAAUGUUAGCUGAGUAGCUAAUGUUAGCUGGCAAGCGCAUAUUUAGUGGCCCGCAUGUGCCGUCGUUAAGAAACAUUUGUUGGGCGCUUGUAGUUGACAACUUUCCCCGGUAGGCGUUUGUGUAUCGUAUGGUGUCCCAGCGCUAGUUGCCUGUAUCAAAAUGUCCACCACUUCGCUGGAUAAAGAAUUACAGGAGCGGCUGAGAGAGGCGUCUGCCAUCGGGGACAUCGACGAAGUGCGGACUUUGGUGGAGAGCGGAGUAAAUGUUAAUUCCCAGAACGAAAUAAAUGGCUGGACAUGCCUGCACUGGGCGUGCAAGAGGAACCAUAAGCACAUAGUGUCCUUCCUGCUCGGUUACGGAGCGGACCAAGAAAUCCUCACCGCUAAGGAUGAGUUGGCCUCGCAACUUACAUCCAAACCAGAGAUCAAGCGACUUUUGGGAGUCGAAGUAGAGGAUGAGCCUGAAGUCAAGGAGCCUGAGUUGCCGAUCAUCCCCAACUACCUGUCCAACCCGGCCUUCAUGUAUUCCAAGAUGGAUAAGUCCGAGAUCAUGCGGGCGCGGCACCUCGCGCAGAACAGUUCUGGAGAAGACGCCGAAGACACGCCGAGCGACUCCCCCUCCCUCUCCCCAUCUCACGAGCUUCCGAAGCCCCAGAGCCGCUUCCCCGACGGCCCCUCGCCUCCCCCGAGCGCGCCCACCCACAGCCAGGCGCACGGCGAUUUCAUUCCCGUGACUGAGCAGAACGGCGCGUCGCACAGCCCGGCCUCGUCGCGCCGCCACGCCGCCGCAAACUGCGCGGUGCCGAUGGACCUCGUCAACCACGGCGACUACCCGCCCGCGGGGGCCCACAACGGGACCGCGUGCUCGCCUCCGUCGGCCUCGCCCAGCCCCAGCGUGGCCAGCAGCGGCGGGGGCCACGUCCAGGCCCCGGUGGGCGGCGCUAACCCGACUGUGGGCCGGCAGCAGUCUCUCCCCCAGCAGCUGAACUACGGCCAGGCCGGCGGGCCCGUGGCCGCCUUCCAGCCUUUCUUCUUCACCAGCACCUUCCCUGUCAACGUGCAAGAGCUGGUGCUGAAGGUGCGUAUCCAGAAUCCCAACACCCGGGAGAACGACUUCAUCGAAGUGGAGCUGGACCGCCAGGAGCUCACCUAUCGCUCCCUUCUGAGGGUGUGUUGCCGGGAGUUGGACAUCAGCACGGAGCACGUGGAGAAGAUCCGCAAGCUGCCGAACACCAUGUUGAGAAAGGACAAGGACGUCGCUCGGCUGCAGGACUUCCAGGAGCUCGAGGUGGUGUUGGAGAAAGCCGAGGGCUUGUCCCUUUUCUCCGGCACCGGGGGCCUGACGGACAGACCCUGCUACAACAUGAAGGCCUCCCGCCUCACCUACUAGAGCUGCCACACAACCUGAGGUCUCCCCGCUUGUGACGGGCCUCUGUAGCUGCCCUCAAGCAACCCUAACUAGUUGCCCACCCAGGUCCCCUGUAACGGCCCAGUCCAGCUCUGGUGUUUCGCCAAUUUCCUUUUCUGGGAUUUGUUUUUUUUGCUCCAAGUUCUGUAGCUAUUGUACUCCUCGGGCACCUCCUGCUGCUUUAGUGUACCCGGCCAGAUGUAGGCAAUUACUGAUGCAUGGUGUCCUUGAUUAUGUGCAAAAGUAUUUGGGCCCCCCUUUUUUUCCUCCUCUCUUCUAUUUCUUUCUCUCCUCCCCACUGCACUUUUGUGCCACGGCUCCAGCGGGACAGGGAGGGCGGCACCGGCUUGUCUUCCUUAAGGGCCGGACUUGAAUGGGAUUCUGUAAGAGCCUUAUUUGGUCACAUCAUGCACGGCCUGUGGUCACAAAGGGAAAAGACCCGGAGCACCACAGGAAGGAUUUGCAUAACUCCUGCCAAUAAGUUCACCCGACCGAGUACGAAGUUUUAGACUUGCGCACAUCGACUGGAACCUGUUUUUAGAGGAGUGUUAUCAGAGGUUCUAGCUGGCUUCAUACAUGCUGUAGGCAUAAACCUCAGUGUCUUUCCUGGGGAGGGAACAGCAUACUAGCUCUAAGGUGGAGGUAGCCUGAGGUGACACAUAGUACUUCUCUACGCACGCUCUGCUUUAAUCGCGAUCCACAAAAGGAGGGACACAUUUGAGUCUUGGAUCCCCCCCCCCCCCCCCCCGCGUUCUUAAAUUGUUCAGUCAGACACUGUGGAAACAAAAUAAUCAGUUUUGUUUUUGAACUUUUGUGUCUUUUCAUCUGACUUUUUUCUCCCACUUCUGUUUACAGGUUGUUUUAGUGGCUUCAUUCAGCUCAAUACUUACUGUCAACUCUGAAGGUUUUAUUUUUAAUGUUUGAUGUGUACUAACGAAGCGGGACCACUCAAAGGUGGAGAGCUUGAGCAAAAGUUGUUUUCAGUUGUUGCCGUUUUGUUUAACUGUGAUUUAGACUCAAAACCCAAAACUAAUCCAGCCAGCGACGAUACGAACGAGAUCCAGCCGAGAGCGUGAGGCCGUGUGUGUGUGUGUGUGUGUGUGUGUGUGUGUGUGUGUGUGUGUGUGUGUGUGUGUGGGGUGAGACUCAUGACUUAAUGAGUGCUUUCUUCCUCAUUCAGCACUAAAUUCUUAAAUCUAAUCAUUUCUAAUCGUUGUUUUCUAACCUUGUCACCUACAUUUAAACUUAGACCGUGUCUAUACGGGGGGGCUAUAUUUAUUUAAAAUAGCCAUACAUGGCCUCCGUUUGGAUAAUAAGGCCAGUAUUCAAAUAGUUUUUCUUCUUUAUUGAAGCCUUUAUUUAAUGUUCUUUCCCGUUUUGCUGACUGACGUAGAGGAGCCCGUUACAGCGUUACUGUGCUGUGAGGGAUUAACCAUGUUGUGACGGAGGGGAACGUUCAUGCUGCUUUAGGUUCUCAAUGCUCCAUCUACAAUCAAAACGUUCCCCACCCACCUGACGCUCUCACUGCGUUUGUAUGUUUUAGGUUUAUUCUUUUUUUUUUAACCGAUAGGCCUGUUUCUGUUUGUCUUAACUUAGUGCAAGAAGGAGUUCAGCGGAGGGAUGAAAGUCCCUGUCGUUGAAGCAAAGUGCAAUGUGUGGCUGGUGGGGAGGGGGGGGGCGUCCAGAAAGUUUGCUGUGUGAAGAAAGGACGACCAAGAGUGCUUAUGUUCUGUCCCAACAAUGUUAAGUGCUUCGUUAUGGGAAGUUGUGCCCCCUGUCUGAGGCAGGAGUUUGGGUCUGUGUGGGCGGAGCAUCGCCUGGGUCCCAUGGCGUCCCAUGGCGUCCCAUGGCGUCCCGGUCCAGGGGCAGCACUGUGUUCCAAAUGGGUUUUUAUAGGAUCUCUUUUGAUUUUGUGGAAAGGAGAUAACUAACUUGUAUUUGUUGAGUUGCUAAUUGUUCUAGAAAAUGCAGAAUACAGUUUGACUUAACCUAUGCAUUCAGAGUCUGAUAUUUUUAUAUACAGUGCGUCCUGUGCACUUGUAGAAAUUAUCUUCACUGUUUUAAGUUGUGUUGGAUAUUUAUGGAGACCUGUAUCUGUUCUUUGAUAAAGCAUGGUGAACUACUUC